GCGCAUGCGCAAAUCAGUGAGAAAGUUAACUCCUGAACUUCGUAGUCAGAAAAAUUCUGAUUUAUAAAAUAGCAGGGAAAACACCACAGAGUUGACAUGGCAUUUCGCCGAAGAAACAAGAGUUACCCUUUCUUCAGCCAGGAAUUCUUAAUUCAGAACCAUGCGGACAUCGUCUUUAGUUUGGUGAUUUUCAUUUUGAUUGGAUUGAUGUUUGAGGCAACAGCGAAGACAGCCAUACUGUUCAUUCAGCCUCAGUACAAUGUCACCACACUAUCACCAGAGGGAGAGGUGACGCUGUACCAUUACGGAUGGAAGGACAGUGCAACCAUCCUCUUCUACUUCUUCAUCGCCAUCAUCCUUCACGCAGUAGUGCAGGAGUAUCUCCUGGAUAAAGUGAACCGGCGUCUCCACCUCUCCAAGAGCAAGAACACCAAGUUUAAUGAGUCGGGUCAGCUGUGUGUGUUUCACCUAGUGUCAAGUGUGUGGAGUUUUUACAUCGUCAUUACAGAAGGUUAUCUUCUGCAUCCCAGCAGCCUUUGGGAGAACUACCCCCAUGUUCACCUUAGGUUUCAGGUGAAGUUUUUCUACCUCACUCAGCUGGCUUACUGGCUCCAUGCCCUGCCAGAGCUCUACUUCCAGAAAGUGCGCAAGGAGGAGAUUCCUCGGCAGCUGCAGUACAUCUGCCUGUAUCUUCUGCACAUCUUUGCAGCCUAUUUGUUAAAUAUGACUCGUGUGGGUCUGGUGCUUCUCUUUCUACAGUAUGUGUCAGAACUGGGCUUCCACUUUGCUAGACUCUUUUACUUCACUGAUGAGAACCAUCAAAAAAUGUUUGACCUGUGGGCGGUCAGCUUCGUGUUUACUCGGAUGGCCACUCUGACCCUGAUGUUCCUGGCUGUUGGGUUUGGUUUGGCUCGAGCUGAGAAUCAAGGGUUAGACUGUGAGAUGGGCAACUUCAACACUGUACUGAUAAGGAUGACUGUUCUACUGCUGGUGUGUUUGACCCAAUCCUGGCUACUUUGGAAGUUUAUUCGCUUCCAGCUGAGACGCUGGAGAGAGUUCAGACACGAACAGGCUGUUCGCAAGAAGACUGCCACAAAACAAGCUCUGCGGCCCCUGAAGAGAGACUCAUUUGGUCAUGAAAACGGAGUACUGAAAGCUGAAAAUGGAGCCUCUCCUCGGACCAAAAAACUCAAAUCUCCUUAAGAUAUCGCACUGACUGGCCUGAACAGCGGCCUUAGCCCCAGCUGAGGUUUCUCAUCAGCACAACAAGGAAGCUGGCGGCCACAAGCCAUCGAGCUUCUCGUUGAGUAUGUCCUGAGAUGUUACAGAGACUCAGCCACCACAGACUUUGGCCUGAAUGCUGGAAAGAAACAAAAAAUCCACAGAAAUCUCUCGAGCCCGACAGACAUUUACUCUUCUCGUCAUAUCAGUAUUUUUUUACACAUCCACGCAGCCUGCUAUCCCGCCCUAAGAAGCACCAUCGUACGCAGAAUGAUUCAGAUGUUAAGUGAACAGUGUGUGGCACACACGUUAUCCUGUGUGCGUGUGAGUGUGUCAGUGUUGAAUGUGUUGAUCCUCAUUCAUAAGUACUGUAUUGGUUGUAGCGUUGUCUGAGGUCGCAGCUGUUUUUUCAGCUCUCCCCAUUGAGCCGGCUUUGCUUGUUUUCUAGUCUGUUCCAUUGGAGCAGGAACAUGUUACUGAUGAUGUCAUGGUAUGAUGUAAUGGUAUGAUAUCUGCUCACUGUGUGCUGGCCUGAACAUGAUCUAUGUACCCCUGUGAGGAAAGGGAUCAUAGUGCUCGAGUGCUCACCUGAGCUCCACUCAGUGAUUUAUUUCUGUUUAAAAGUCUACAUUUGUUUCUGGUCACUUAACAGAUAAGCAUCAAGUAUGUAUGUUUGAUAUUACCGCAUGCCAUUCCAUGUUAUUUUUCUUUUCAUUUUUUUGUUAAUUACUUUAUUAAAUAAUGCAAUUUUUCUGAAA